AUUUAUUUGCCAGUCAGGCUCCAUGCAAAGAGGUGAUGAUUAAGGUGGACUUUUCCCGGGCCCGGAGCACGGAGAGGCUGCAAACUCCUCUCCAGAGGCCAGUCUGACGAUUCCUGCCCCGUACACUUCUUCAUCCAAUCAUAUUGGGCCUACACGGCUCCUCACCUGGGGCCUGGAACUUUUCGGGGAGCAAGGUGACGAAUGUGGAUAGUCACAGGCAGGGGCGGAUCGACGGGAAGGGGCUACCAGGCCUGGGCAGGAGCUCCCCGAGGCGACCCCGCUGCUUCGGAUCUCGCGGGGACCGGCCCUGGGAGGACGGAACCAGCAUCCCGAGGACCCGCCAUCAGGGGCCUGGACCCAGCUCCUGGGCCGUGCGGGCUGCGCGCGCCGAGAGCAAUCUAAGAAAGUAAGGCGCGUGUGCAGCACCCAGUGGCAGCGUAGGAGUGAGGUGGAAGAAUUCCGACGACACCGUUUAACAGGACAAGGAAGAAAUGCUGUACAUGAUCACCAGGAAAAGACAAGCAAGCCAGUUGGACGCAAAGCGCUCAGUAAUAGUUUACUCAGAAGACAACCAAGAACGUGCCGAAAUAGCUCAGUUGGGAGAGCGUUAGACUGAAGAUCUAAAGGUCCCUGGUUCGAUCCCGGGUUUCGGCAGCUACUUUUAAAUUCUGACCUCAAAAACUAAUUUUGUAAGACUCUCCGUCCACGAUACCCUGGCCCAUUCCUUCAAGCCCAAGCAAAAACUGAGAUUUGAAGGGUGAAGGAGGAAAUGAAACAGUCGUUCCCAACCACCCCCAGGAGCGAGGCCGCGCCGCAUAGCCCUUCCGGGCCGUCUCCCGGCGGGGCUAGAAGAAGCUGCCGCGCGUGCGCGCCACGGAGCCUGGUGCUGGGACCCAGAGGCACCCUCGGCGCCGGAAGACACGAACGACCCGGGCCGCGGUGGCGAGACGGGGCCUCGCGCCGCCUGGGGGGCUGGUGUGAGACCCGAGGCUCCAAUGGGAGGAGGUCUGGUCUGUCCACGGGGCCAGCAAAACACCUUCAUCCCAAUUUCAUCGCAUUCCUUCUAAGUAUCCGAAUUUGAAGAAAAAGCAAAACUGUUGAGUGGUCAGAUGGCCCCCACCUGGCGUUGCCGAUGAGGAAUCUGAGGCUGAGAGAGAAUAUCCACUUGUCCAGGGUCAUAGAACUGGUACGGGACUUCAAACUGGGUGUUUCCGUGAGAGACUGACCUGCCUUUAUUAGGAAUGAUUGUGAAUUUGGGGAGGAUACUAUAGAUGACGGUUCAUUUACUCAACAGAAAUUUUGAAAGUGCUUCCUGUGUGCCAGACACUGUAUUUGUGCAAGGUUGAUGGGAUUGCAGCUUCGUUUAAGCCUUUUCCUUUAAGUAUUUAAGGCUUUUCUUCUAAGACCAGGUGAGUACAGGAAAGCUCAGGGGCUCUGCCAUUCUAGGAGAAAGGCAGUGAACUAUACAGUUGCCUCCAUUGUGGACAAGCAGACUGGUGGUUAAUGGCCAUGACAUCCUUUGGAAACACUGAUGAUGCUCAGAGUCUCUAAGUUCUCUCACAGAGCCCUCCAAGGUUCUACCUGUACUAAAGUCUCAAGGGCAGGGUCAUGAGUCCAUUUGAGAAGCUAACAAAAUCUAUGAAUCUUCUUAACAGAAAAGGACCCGUGCUACAUUUUCUUCACAAUUUCAGGAUGUUCAAAGAUCCCCCUGAAGUUCCUCUUGUGGCCACCCCCCCACCGCCCCCCAGCAGAGUGCCAGAGUGAGACUCUUUUGUUUGAGUGACAUGUCUGAAGUCCUGCCAUGGACCUUGACAUUCGGUCAUUUUCAUCAAUGAAUUGGGUUACGAAGACAAUAAAGACGAGUCAAGCAAAUGUGUAGUUAGGACAAAGGCAGGAAUGAGAGAAAUCCCAUUGCUUAUCACACCCAUUUAAUAUGACAACAUUGGACAGAGGCAAAAUAAACCCUUUCAUUUACACCCUGUUAGGAGCUGAACUGCAUCCUCCCCAAAAUUCCUACAUUCAAGUCCCAACUUGCAGCACCCAAGAAUAUAACUGUAUUUGGCAAUAGGGCCUUUACAGAGGAGAUUAAGUUAAAAAUGAAGUCGUCAGGAUGGGCCUCAAUCUGACUGGUGUUCGUAUAAAAAAAGGAAAUUUAGACACACAAGAAGGCACCAGAAGUGCAUGUGCAGAGAGGAAAGACCAUGGCACGGGGCAGCAAUAGGGAAGCUCUCUGCAAGCCGAGGACAGAGGCCUUGACAGACGAAUCCAACCCUGCCCAUGCCUUGAUCAUGAACUUUCAGCCUCUGGAACUGUGGGAAAGUACAUUUCUGUUGUUUAAGCCAUCUACUCUAUGGCAUUUUGUUAUGGAAGCCAAAGCAAACUAAUACAGACCUCAAAAGGCAAUUCCAUACGAAUAGAAGAGCAGAUGGGGAUAUGAGAGGCAUCUGACUUUAAGGCAGCCAUGUGAAAGCUAUAUGAAAAUGACAUAAGGCUUUAAGUUGAUUUCAAAUGCAGUAAAAAUAAAAUACUUCUUGACUCUCCCUAAAGGGGCCAUCCUCACAGAACCCCUGUCUUUGAGAGCAGCUGUCUUGCCCGCGGACUUGCUUUUUGCCAAUGGGGUGGGAGCAGACGUGAGUAAGGUGGACCUCUUCCAAGUAGUGGCCCAUCACUGACCUCUACUUUGACGCAAAAUUAGCAGAAUGAAAGGAAUGAAAAGAUGCUGUUUCACCCUGAGUCCUGGAGUGAACACAGUGUACAGCACAGUCACAGCUGACAUGUGGUGGAUGUGCAGCUGCAUAAGAAAUAAACAUUUCUUUUAUAAGCCAAAUAACAUUUUGAGGUCUUAACUGCAGCAUGAGUUAUCCUGAGUGGAUGUAGACAAAAUUGAUGAGGUGAUGUGACUGUCUAGCAAAGCUUACAAGGAACACACCAUUCACGGAUCUGAUGGCCACACUUUGAGUAGCACAUGCAAAGCACCUCGGAUUUUACUUGAAGUGCAUUGGAAAGCACACAUGGGGAGGUGGGAAAGAGAAGACUCAAAGAUCACUUGUAGGGUUGUGGUGAUGCUGCUCUUUGUGGAGAUGGAGAAGACCAAUGGAGAACACAUUUGGGAGGAGAGAGCAGAAGUUCUCAACCUGGGUGAGAAAUAUCUAAACCUUCAAGUAGAGAGGUCCAGUAGGAAGUUAGAUAAUAUGAGUCUGGGGCUCACAACUGAGGUCAAAGUCAGAGUUGUAAUUUUGGAAAGUCAUGAUAGCCUGCAUUUAAGGCCUCAGACUAGCUGAGUUAUCUAGCAAGUGUGGAAAUGAAAGAAAAGAGAUCCUAGGACUUCGACCUGGGGCAUUCUGACAUGAGAAUUAUUGACUCCAUCAGUUUUAACAUCCAAGAAAUUUUAUCUUAACGUUUAUGGAGCCCCAAGGCUUCACAAAAACCUGGAAUAAAAUUCCCAAGUGUCACAAUGCUGGCAUGAAGUGGCAGUCAAUAAAUAUACAUGGAAUGAAUGAAUGAGCUCCAAAAUAAAGGUUUCAAAAACCCCUGAGAUUUUGCGAUUUUAGAACCCCAAGUUUCUUCCCACCCAUGAUGUGUUAGGUUGAAUGGUGACUUCCCCAAAAGAUAUGUCCAUGUCCCAGAACCUGUGAAAGUGACUUUGUCUGGAAAAGAGAGUCUUCUUUGCAGAUGUAAUUGAGUGAAGAAUCUUGAGAUGAGAUCAUCCUGGAUUAUCUGAGUGGGCUCUACAUCCAAUAAGUGUCCUUAUAAGAAACAGACAUGGAGGAAAAACACAGACAGAUGGGGAGAAGGCCAUGGGGCUGUAGCAGACAUUGGAGCUGCGGUUUCAAGCCAAGGAUUGACAGCAGCUGCCAGAAGCUUGAAAAGGCAAGGAGGAUUCUAGCCUAGAGUCUCCAGGGAGAGUGCAGCCGCCUGGCUGACACACGCCAGUCCUGCCAACACCUUCAUUUUAGACUUCUGGCCUUCAGAACAGUGAGAAAAUAGAUUUCUGUUGUUUUCAGUCAUCCAGUUUGUGGUCAUUUGUUACAGAAGCCUCAGGAAACUAUUGCACAUGGUCUCUUUUAGCUGAUGCUGAUGCAAUAUUUCCUUUGGAGCUCUGCCGUAUUCUGAUUCAGUGAUUCUCAACUCUGGCUGAGCAUUAGAAUUGCCUAGAUAUUUUCUAACAAAGGUUGGUUGGUGUCUGGAACGUCCUCAGAGAUUCUGAUUCAGUAGGGCUGUGGUACAGGCUGAUAUAGGUGUAGAGUCAGACAUAAGAAUUGCCAUUUAAUUAGUCACAACAACUUAACAUCAAGGGGUGGCACAGAGGUACAGGGGAUGGGAAUACCUAUAUAAUUGUUUCACCUUAGGAAUUUGCUUUGAAACAUAACAAUAUGUGUCUUUACAUUCAAGUAUAUUCUUAGAAACUAGCUGAAGCCGUUUCGCAUCCUUGUGGCACUAAGUCCUGUUUCCACUGUGAAACAGUUACCAAGACAGUCCUGUUUCCACCGUGAAAAAAUAAAUGGAUGUUCUGACAGGUGGCCACCAUUGCUGACCUGACCAUUCCCCAGAAGCACCAGGAGGCAUUGCUUUCUAGACUGAAGCUCAGUCAUGCUUCACUUUAGUCUAAUCAAAAAGAUUUGCUUGCAAGCCUUCAUUCCAAAUGGUUCCAGUGCCUUCCAUACAAUCAGAUAAUGACAAUUGUGAGUUUCUGGUGGCAUGCUACUUCAUGUAAUUAAAAAAAAAAAUUGCUGCGUAGAUGUGCUGAAUAGGAGAAGAGUAAGUUAUUAUUUGGAGGGAAGAAGAUUCCCAAUUGUGGAACAAAGCAAUUCAUUGUACCCUGGUUCUAAAUAAAUGUUUCUUUAUUUUUGAAGUUGCAUGACCCCCUGUUGUGGUCUUUUUUGCACACAUGUCAGAAAGCAGCCAUGAGUGCAUUGUAGUUGGCAAUGUGAGCUUCUCUGUAAAGGGUUUUUGACGAAGAGCUCACUGCAUCUACUGACUCCCCAGGAUGUCUGAGGUCACAAGUUUGGCUGGAGCACAUGAGCCCAGAUAAAGAAGAUGGUUUUGCCCUCCUGAAACAAAGCCAGAAGUGAUCUCCUUUAUUGUGCACUUUGGGUCAUGUGCUAAUGAUGAGGGUUUCUCUAAUACUAAUCCCCCUAAUGAAGGCUUCUCCCAGCCCUUACACAAGCCCACAAGGCCCCGUGGCUUGGCAAGCCAGAGAGAAUAAAAGCAGCACGGUGUCUGGCUUUUGAACUGAGUUCAAGGCAAUUAAAGUCAAGAGCUAAGGAGGGAGGGAAAGGGUUUAGAAAUACCAGCAUAAUAAGUAGUGUGACUGGGUGCUCUGUAAAUUAACUCAAUUAGACAAAGCCUGACUUAACGGGGGAAGAUGGUGAGAAGCGCUACCCUCAUUAAAUUUGGUUGUUAGAGGCGCUUCUAAGGAAAUUAAAUCUGUUAGUUGUUUGAAUCACAUAAAAUUGUGUGUGCACGUUCAUGUACACAUGUGCACACAUGUAACCUCUGUGAUUCUCGUGGGUAUUUUUUUAAGAAGAGAGGAAUAGAAAGCAAAGAAAAAUAAAAAAUACUGAAAAGAAAAAAGACUGAAAGAGUAGAAGAUAAGGAGAAAAGUACGAUAGAGACAAGGAAAGUAAGAGAGAGAGAGAGAGCUCUCCCAGUUAUAAAGCCAUGAGCCCCCUUUGGUGGGGGUUUCUGCUCAGUUGCUUGGGCUGCAAAAUCCUGCCAGUAGCCCAGGCUCAGUUCCCCCGAGUCUGCAUGACGGUGGACAGCCUAGUGAACAAGGAGUGCUGCCCACGCCUGGGUGCAGAGUCGGCCAAUGUCUGUGGCUCUCAGCAAGGCCGGGGGCAGUGCACAGAGGUGCGAGCCGACAGAAGGCCCUGGAGUGGUCCCUACAUCCUACGAAACCAGGAUGACCGUGAGCUGUGGCCAAGAAAAUUCUUCCACCGGACCUGCAAGUGCACAGGAAACUUUGCCGGCUAUAAUUGUGGAGACUGCAAGUUUGGCUGGACCGGUCCCAACUGCGAGCGGAAGAAACCACCGGUGAUUCGGCAGAACAUCCAUUCCUUGAGUCCUCAGGAAAGAGAGCAGUUCUUGGGCGCCUUAGAUCUAGCGAAGAAGAGCGUACACCCCGACUACGUGAUCACCACACAACACUGGCUGGGCCUGCUUGGGCCCAAUGGAACCCAGCCGCAGUUUGCCAACUGCAGUGUUUAUGAUUUUUUUGUGUGGCUCCAUUAUUAUUCUGUUAGAGACACAUUAUUAGGACCAGGACGCCCCUACAGGGCCAUAGAUUUCUCACAUCAAGGACCGGCAUUUGUUACCUGGCACCGGUACCAUUUGUUGUGUCUGGAAAGAGAUCUCCAGCAACUCAUUGGCAAUGAGUCUUUUGCUUUGCCCUACUGGAACUUUGCCACUGGGAGGAACGAGUGUGAUGUGUGUACAGACCAGCUGUUUGGGGCAGCGAGACCAGACGAUCCGACUCUGAUUAGUCGGAACUCAAGAUUCUCCAGCUGGGAAACUGUCUGUGAUAGCUUGGAUGACUACAACCACUGGGUCACCUUGUGCAAUGGAACCUAUGAAGGUUUGCUGAGAAGAAAUCAAAUGGGAAGAAACAGCAUGAAAUUGCCAACCUUAAAAGACAUACGAGAUUGCCUGUCUCUCCAGAAGUUUGACAAUCCUCCCUUCUUCCAGAACUCUACCUUCAGUUUCAGGAAUGCUUUGGAAGGGUUUGAUAAAGCAGAUGGGACUCUGGAUUCUCAAGUGAUGAGCCUUCAUAAUUUGGUUCAUUCCUUCCUGAAUGGGACAAACGCUUUGCCACAUUCAGCCGCCAAUGAUCCCAUUUUUGUGGUUCUUCAUUCCUUUACUGACGCCAUCUUUGAUGAGUGGAUGAAAAGAUUUAAUCCUCCUGCAGAUGCCUGGCCUCAGGAGCUGGCCCCUAUUGGUCACAAUCGGAUGUACAACAUGGUUCCUUUCUUCCCUCCAGUGACUAAUGAAGAACUCUUUUUAACCUCAGACCAACUUGGCUACAGCUAUGCCAUCGAUCUGCCAGUUUCAGUUGAAGAAACUCCAGGUUGGCCCACAACCCUCUUAGUAGUCAUGGGAACGCUGGUGGCUUUGGUUGGUCUUUUUGUGCUGUUGGCUUUUCUUCAAUAUAGAAGACUUCAAAAAGGAUAUACACCCCUAAUGGAGACACAUUUAAGCAGCAAGAGAUACACAGAAGAAGCCUAGGGUGCUCAUGCCUUACCUAAGAGAAGAGGCUGGCCAAGCCAUAGUUCUGACGCUGACAAUAAAGGAACUAAUCCUCACUGUUCCUUCUUGAGUUGAAGAUCUUUGACAUAGGUUCUUCUAUAGUGAUGAUGAUCUCAUUCAGAAGAUGCUUAGCUGUAGUUUCCGCUUUGCUUGCUUGUUUAACAAACCCAAACUAAAGUGCUUGAGGCUACCUCUACCUUCAAAUAAAGAUAGACCUGACAAUUUGUGAUAUCUAAUAAUAACCCCCCCAUAUUGAUUAAGCCUCCUCCUUUUCUGAAAGCAUUUAAAAAAAACAAAAAAAAUCCCAAAACAUUGAUCCAGGGGAGUCAUUUAAAUUUGCAGGUCAGUGCAAUGUGAGACCUGGCCAAGACCGUACAUCAAUCUUUCUUAGCCCCAGUGUCUUUAUUGGUAAUGCCAUGGAGGUGGGAGGUGGUAGGUGCUAGAUGAGUCUCCAAGAUCCCUUUUAGCUAUAAACAUCUCUGCUUCUAGGCACCCUCCUGAUUAUCUUCCUUGGGCUUCUUUUUCUUCUUUUCUCUAUCUUUUUCCUCUCCAGCUUAGAAGAUGAGAAUAAGCCUUGUUUUCUUUACAGGAUGGAAAAUGACUAAAUGAAGGAUCAAUUCCGCUCUAUUGUGUAAACUAGAUUUUACGGAUUUUACUUAAAAUCUGCAGUUUUAAACAGUAGACCUAUAUUACAGGAUUCAAUAGCUGGAUACACAUUGAUUCUAUAGUGAUAAAUAGAGAAUAUAAUAAAAUUAUAGAGUUUCCUGGUUAGUUGAUAUACUACUGUAAACCUAUUAACAAAUACAGAAUUACUCUUUCCAAGGAAGGCUGACUGAAGGCUGGUGAGGCUAUAAACCUGAACAUGAGACAAUUUGACUUGAGUCCCAUUACUCUGAGGUCUCUUUGGCUGAUCCUCAACCAAUUUCUUUACUAGGUAGCCUCAGAUGAAAAAUUAUUCCCACAUAAUGCACUGGGCUUAUUUUUAAGCAUUGAUGUUAGAUUGAUUAAUGUUGCCGUAUACUCACAGUUACUUAUGAAUGCUGAUCAAUUAAGUCUUAUCAUUUGAAAGUAAACCAUCUGUACAAAACAUGACAAUUCAGAAUUAAGUGGCUGUAUUCUGCUAUGCAAUCAUCAGAUCGUGAGGAAUAAGAAUGAGGCAAUCUUUACUACGAUGUUCAGACUUAUCAUGAUGGACUUCAGAGAUGUUAAUGGCUCUUGAGAUUUCCAGGCAAAUUUCAUCUGCUCAUAUCUGGUUUCUGUGCAUCAGGAGUGAGACUGAAGUUCUAGGGCGUGGCUUGUCUGUCGAGGCCCCUCUCUACUGGAAUGAAUGUCUGUAAAGAAUGAGUGUUAAGAGGACCCUGGAGCUGCCUUCAACAUAAGGGGUCCUAGAGGGUGCAAGACUCACCAAGAACCAGUUUACCCCAUGCAAUAGGACUGCUAAAGCCAGAGAAAUGGACAAAGCCCAGUUGGAACUGAAUUUGAAUCUCAUAAAGUUACAGGUGCAUCUGAGAGCAGGCUCAGUGGUGAAGAUCAAGAUAGCCCGGUAAAGCCCUGCUUGGGCUUUUUAGCCUCAGACACAUGGAUACCUCUCAGUUCCUGCCAUUAACAAUAUUCAUGGAAAAUACAGCACUGUGUCUUUCACAUACUCCACUCUGGAAGGUUUAUGCUCUGAGCUCAGGAUAGUUGGGGAACACAUUUUUAAAUCUUGGUUUUAAACAAAAAGAGAAAUUUAUUAAAAUGGAGAUAUAAUUGUGCAUGGUACAUAUAUUUCUGAAAAGUUAUGUAUAAAUCAAUUAUGUUAAAAGCGCCAGGAGAAGUUACUUUUUAUAAGUGAACUAUUACGAAUAAUUUCAUAAAGCAAAUAACCACCUCUAGCUUAUCUGUCAGGUAUAUCAGAAUUCUCAUAUAUCUUAGUCUCAUAAGACUUGGUUAAAGCAGAUCUAUCUUAGGUAGGAAAAAAUAGUAAUCGAUUAUACUUAGCUGCUUUUAUCUGUAGUGUGGGUGACUUUUUAUAACUAUUAUGUUUUAUAAUGUCUUCCUGAGAGAAUUUCCUAAUUUUGUAGUUCAUAUAAGAGAAAUACAAUUUUCUAGCAUUUUCUGACCCUACAAUAAAUCAAUUAUGAAUGCAUUUUAACAAAUAUUAAGGUAGGAUAAACCAACAGAAUAAAAAGUUGUUAUUUACUUACAUUGAAUAUCAUGCAAAUAAACUCAGAAAAUGUCACCAAAUACUGUGCGCUAUAUUUCUCAAUGAUAGGGGGAAGAAUUCAACCUUGAAGAAAAUGACCAGAUCACUUUACUGCUUAUAUCUUCAGUAUUAGAAAAACUGCAUGUAUGAUUUUAAUAGAAAUGCUUUUUAUAAAGCUAACAUUCAGAAAUGGGAUAAAAUGCAAUAACAUCUUUCCUUUGCGCAUUAAAUUCCCUUCUAAUUCUAAAAUUGACAUUUGUAUCUUGCUUAGGAUUUAACAUUGUUAAUUAUAAUACUUUUAAUGACUAGUUUUAAUCUCAUUAUUAAGAAGUAGAAAACUUACUACAAAGGAAACUAAAAAUAAAUGUUGUUUUGCAGAUUA